AUGGAGAUAGAGAAUGUUGAUAGAAAUGAACUCCUACAACUGACCGAGGAACAAAUGGCUGACGUGGCCAGGUUCUGUAAUAAGUACCCUAACAUAGAGAUGUCAUUCGAGGUCAAGGAAAAGGAGAGUCUUCACAGUGGUUCCCCGGUCAAUGUACUGGUGUCCCUGGAGAGAGAAGAUGAAUUAGUGGAACCAGUGGUGGCACCAUUCUUUCCUCAGAAACGAAAAGAGGGUUGGUGGGUAGUGAUUGGAGACAACAAAUCUAACUCCCUCCUGUCCAUCAGAAGAUUGACCUUGCAGCAGAAGGCCAAGGUCAAACUGGACUUUGUGGCCCCCUCUCCUGGUCACUAUAACUACACCAUCUUCUUUAUGAGUGACGCCUACAUGGGGUGUGACCAGGAGUACAAAUUCAGCAUCGACGUGAAAGAAAGAGAUAGUGAAAGUGAAAGUGACAGUGAUUAGAUCAGCUGAUUGGAAAGUGAAAGUAUUAAUGUGAUGGGAAAAAAAUGAGGAAUAAAUAUGCUUAAAAACAGUACUAAAUAGAAAAGUGAAGCAAGGAUUCUUUCAAAGUAAUAAUUGAUGAGAGGAUUGUAAAGAAAUUGAACUCUGAGAUGGAAAAUCAUAAUAUGGAUUUUAGAUCAGUUAGCUAAAUGAGACAGUUUGAGACUAACCAAAAUAAAAACUUAUCUGGUUGUUGUCUGUAUGUGUUGGUUUUGUGUAUUAUGUAUUUCACUUGGCCAUCAUUUUCACCAUUGUCAGUGUA